AUGAGCACCGCCAGGGCUCCACACGAACUGCGCACCUCAGAGGAACCAAGGCAGAAUAGGCUUUAUAAAGUCCGCCUGUCUAAGAUAGUACAGGCAAACUCAGAUGUCCGCCUCUUGCAGCUGGCUGUAGGGCCCAGUGGUUGUGAAGAUACGGGAGCUCAACAGAAUGAUUACGAACCCAAUCGCGCUUGGUCACAGCCAUUGUUCCAAUUCCUCCCUGGCCAGUGGCUCGAUGUCUACCUCCCUUCCAUACCGCAAGCGGGCGGCUUCACCAUAACCUCCACGCCCAAGGAUGCAUUGCCACCAAGAAGGGGCAGAAGUAGCAAUGCAGUCGUGGAGGAACCGUACGUAGAACUCGCUAUUCAAAAAUCGCUCUCCAGCCCGCCUGCUGCUUGGUUUUGGCAGCCCAGGGAUGCGAUUCUUGGACAGGAGUUCGAGGUACGGGUUGGUGGAAGGUUUAUAUGGCCGCCACCUAAUAUUCCCCUGGAGGAGAUUGGGAGGGCAGUAUUUGUGGCGGGAGGAGUAGGGAUUAACCCAUUAAUCUCAAUGCUAGCACACAUCUUCCAAAACCCUUGGACAUUACCCCACUCAUCAACUGUCAAUCUACUCUACUCAACAAGACUUCCCACCACACCCAAGGAGGGUGAAGAUAUAUCGAAUCAUUUGGACCAAAUACUCUUCUUUCCACGUCUCCGGAAUAUUCUCAAUUCACAACGUCACCUGCGGCAGCAGCAACGGGAACAAACUCCCGUCUUCCAUCUCCAUCUCUAUAUCACCAACCUCCCCAACACACCCUACGUUCCACCAGAGGAUAUCUCGUUACACAAUUACCGCAUAACGAUGGCGGAUCUUCACAAGGUUAUCAGAGGGGAACAGACCGCUGCUGGAAACGAAUACAGCUCACGGGGUGAACGAACGGUGUGCUACAUCUGUGGGCCGCCGGGUAUGACCGAUGAGUUUGUUGCCGGUGCUGAAGAGAUCAUUGGAACCGGGGAGGAGGGGGAGAAGAGAAUAUUCUAUGAGAAGUGGUGGUAA